AUGGGCCUUUUUGGGAGGAAGCAUGCGCCUGACGGCAAUACGGCCGAGUCGGAAAACAACACAGUGAAUACUCAAACGACAAAUGAGCCUGUUUCGGACCUAGACCUGUCUGAUCCGGAGAAGCAUGCAGCCGAUCAUUAUGCAAACGAGUCGCAUACUGCGCUGCCCCAGAUGCAUUCCCCGCGUGUAAAUAUUGAUUCUAAGCUUGAGGCUCGGGUGGUGCGCAAGCUGGACUUGCGGGUUCCCACCCUUCUGGGAUUUUUGUAUCUCCUUGCGCUCUUAGACCGAAGCAACAUAGGAAAUGCGCGAAUUGCAGGAAUGGAAGAGGAUUUGUCCCUCCAUGGAAACCAGUAUUCAUGGCUUUUGACGAUAUUCUACAUAUCGUAUACAUUGUUCGAGCCUCUAGCACUGAUGUGGAAACUCAUGCCUCCACAUAGAUGGGCUGCCAUAACUGCCAUGACCUGGGGUAUCGCAGCGACGUGCCAGGCAGCUGUACAGAACUGGUCUGGCUUAAUGGCUUUACGUUUCAUCCUUGGUGCGGCAGAGGCAGCCUUCGGCCCGGGUUCUCCUUACCUGCUGUCUUUCUUCUACGGCCGGCGAGAGCUUGGUCUCCGCUGCGGAUUGUUCGUCUCUGCCGCGCCUUUGGCUAAUACCUUUGCCGGUGCACUUGCGUACGGUAUCACAUCAGGCCAUGCGCUACUAGCCAACUGGAGACUCCUGUUCCUUGUUGAGGGAGCCCCGUCACUGGUCGCGGCAUUCCUUGCCUGGUUCUACUUACCGGACCAUCCAUCUUCCGCGCGAUUCUUGACAGAGGAGGAAAAAGAUGUUGCGCGAGCCCGGUCGCUUCGACGUAGCGGCGAGGGCGAGCGCGUAGAAGGCGUAAACUGGAAAGAGCUUGCUCAGACUUUGCUUGAUGUCAAGCCCUGGAUCACGGCGUUCAUGUAUUUCAGUUGCAACGUGAGCUUCUCCUCGCUUCCAGUAUUUCUUCCAACAAUCUUGGAAGAUAUGGGAUUCGAGUCAAUCCACGCCCAGGGCCUGACUGCCCCGCCGUUCUUCGUUUCAUUCCUUUUCAGCAUCGGGACCACUUGGCUUGCUGAUCGAUUUCAGCAACGCGGACUCACAAUCGUCUGCUUCUCGUUAGUUGGAACAGUGGGCUAUGUUCUUCUUGCAGCCUGCACUUCCGUGGGGGUUCGUUACUUUGGCGUAUUCUUAGCAGCAGCUGGGGUCUUCCCAUGCAUCGCCAAUAUUCUUCCGUGGGUUCUGAAUAACCAAGGCUCCGAUAGUCGCCGCGGUAUGGGUAUUGUCAUCCUCAAUAUAAUCGGACAAUGCGGCCCUUUUCUGGGAACCAACGUGUUUCCCACCAGCGAUGGCCCUCGCUACAUUCGUGGCCAAUCCAUUUGCGCGGCGUUUAUGUUCUUCAACGCCAUUCUUGCUCUGAGUUUGCGUUUCCUUCUGUCGUGGGAGAACAAGCGCUUGGAUAGGAAAUAUGGCCCACAAAGCGAGUCCGCUGCGCAACAAAAGGGUCAAGCUGUCGGGGAAGAGAAUUAUGGUUCUGGUUUUAGAUAUGUGCUGUAG